GCUUUGGUACCGUUGACAAAGAGAAAAUGUCGGACUCCGUCGUCGUGUGGCAAGUACUGUUGGUGGCUUUGUUCUUGUGUUCCGUGACAGGGCAGGUCAGUUAUUCUAUUCCAGAGGAGAUGUCAAAGGGAUCUAUGGUUGGAAACAUAGCUCAGGAUUUAGGUUUAGACUUGAAAAGGCUGAAAACAGGCAAAGCUCGUAUUUACACCGAGGAUAGUACCCAGUAUAUCGAGCUGAAUAAAGACAGAGGGCUGCUGCUUAUCCGGGAGAGGAUAGAUAGAGAGGCUUUGUGUGGGAAGAAGACGCCAUGCGCUCUGCACUUUCAGAUUAUUCUGGAGAACCCAGUGGAAUUGUAUACAGUUAAUGUUGAAAUCACAGACAUAAACGACAAUCCGCCGAUGUUUGAAAAGAAUGAAAUGAAAUUUAAAAUAAGUGAGUCAGCAGUUAUCGGGGCGAAAUUUGUAUUAGGGAGGGCUAACGAUGCAGAUGUUGGUGUAAAUGAUCUUCAAAGCUACCACUUAAAUACGAAUGAUAAUUUUGAGCUGAAAUUAAAAAGUCAGCCAGACGGUCAGAAAAAUGUCGAGAUGGUUUUACAAAAACCUUUAGACCGAGAGAAAGAAGAUACACUGGCAUUGAUCUUAACAGCGCUCGAUGGGGGAGACCCACAGCUAUCUAGUACUGCACAGAUUGUUAUUGCGGUCUUAGAUGUCAAUGAUAACGCACCUGUUUUUACGCAGCCUAUAUACAGGGCUAGUAUAAUGGAAAAUGUGCCCAAAGGCACCGUUUUAACAACAGUCUCUGCUUUAGAUGAUGAUAAGGGCUCUAAUGGUGAAAUUACAUAUGCCAUUAUUAAUACUGUGGAUGAAACACGAGACAUGUUCGAGAUUGAUGAAAAAAGCGGAAUCCUGAAGUUGAAGGGAGCAAUUGAUUUUGAGAAGUCACGUCAUUAUCAGAUACAAGUGCAGGCUAGUGACGAGGGUGGGCUAACUGAUUCUUGUAAAGUGCAUAUAGACGUGUUAGACACCAACGAUAACGCACCGUCUAUCAAUAUCAUAACCAUGUCAAAUGUCAUAAGCGAGGACUCCAAACCGGGUGUUGUAGUUGGCAUGUUUAAAGUGCAGGACCCAGAUUCAGGAGAUGACGGGCGAGUCGAGUGUCUGACCCAAGACAAUUUACCAUUUACUCUAAAAACAACAGCAAAUGGGUUUUACAGUCUGGUUACGGAUGAUGAGUUAGACAGAGAGAGGAACGCGAUGUAUAAUAUCACAGUGACGUGUAAUGACGCAGGAAUGCCGUCACUGUCAGGCAGCAUCAGUCUCUCUCUGCAGGUGUCAGACGUCAAUGAUAACGCUCCCAUGUUUGAAAAAAGCUCAUAUCAGGCUUCAGUUGUAGAAAACAACACACCAGGAAUCUCUGUUUUUAGAAUAUUAGCUAAAGACGCAGACUGGAACCAAAAUGCACGAGUGACUUAUAUUUUAGAGGACACCACUAUUAACGGAGUGUCAGUCUCAUCUUUCGUGUCUGUCAACGCUGAGAGCGGUGUCAUAAGUGCUCUGCGCUCUUUUGAUUAUGAGCAGAUUAAAUCUUUCCAAUUCCGUGUAAAAGCGCAGGAUGGUGGAUCCCCUCCACUCAGUAGUAACGUCAGCGUCGUAAUAAACAUUCAAGACCAAAACGAUAACGCACCACAGGUCUUAUAUCCAGUACAGACUAGUGGUUCAGUAGUAGCUGAGAUUGUGCCUCGUUCAGCAGAUAUAGGCUAUAUGGUCACUAAAGUGGUGGCUGUGGAUGUGGACUCUGGUCAGAAUGCCUGGCUCUCUUAUAAACUACAGAAAGCGACAGACAGGGCUCUGUUUGAAGUGGGCGCACAGAAUGGAGAAAUAAGAACCAUCAGACAGGUCACUGAUAAAGAUGCUGUGAAGCAAAAGCUCACUGUUGUAGUGGAGGACAACGGACAGCCCUCUCGCUCUGCUACAGUGAAUGUCAACGUGGCUUUAGCUGACAGCUUUCCAGAAGUGCUCUCCGAGUUCACCGACUUUGCGCACGACAAGGAAUACAACGACAACCUGACUUUUUAUCUAGUCUUGGCGCUUGCUGUUGUGUCGUUUCUCUUCAUUGUAUCCGUUAUAGCCAUACUGUCAGUGAAGUGCUACAGAUGGAGACGUGAGAGGAUGUUUUAUAAAUCAAAUGGACAGCUCCCGGUUAUUCCAUACUACCCACCACUUUACGCAGACGUCGGAGGAACUGGUACUUUGCAGCACGUGUACAACUAUGAACAUUACAGAACAACAGACUCCAGGAAGAGUGAUAUGAAGUAUGUCAGACCUUGCGAUCAAAGUAUCCUCAGUCUGGAUAACACUGAUAUACAGACGCUGCCGCAUGCGCACAACGAAAAACUGAUAGACGAUUCAGGGGACCAGGUAAGAAUUAGCCUUUUUUCCCCUUACCCAUCAUAUUGCUAAUAUACCAUAAUACUUUUUUGAGUGUUGAUUCAACACUCGGUUAGCUCCAGAACUGGUGAGUGAAUGUGGGAAUAUGUAUGUGCAUUUGAAAAAACUUUGAGGCAACUAUAUAGUUGUGAUAUAUAAAUACGCGUUGUUGUUGUUGUUGUUGUUGUAGGGUUAUUUUAUUGGUUGUUCGAAUCUGUUGAUGGCAACAGAUGAAAUGCUUUCCAAAUCGCUGGCCGUGGUCCUGAAUGCGCACUGUGGGCAGACCGCAAACCAUUGUCGGUGGAAGCUCGCGCACACCAGUGUCUCGUGCAAACACACACUGAAAUACACACACCCUGUGUACUGACACGUUACCCUGGCUUUGUAAUUGUAUUUUGUACAAUCAAAGUAGUUAAAACAAGAGUUCCAUGGGUGGGCAUUACUCUUUUGUCACAUUCUGAAAUUUCUCUACACCUUAUAUUGCUUGACUUGUAUUAGGCCUGCUGUAGUUCACCAAAACAGACUCUGAGGGACGCUGUUGGUUAACCUUUUGGAUUGUGAGCACAUAAAUGAACAGCCCCUCCCUUCCUUAUGAUGUCAUGAUAUGACGAGACAGAGAAAGAAGUCAG